AUGAGGCGUGCGCUGCUUUCUUGUCGUCAGCCCCUAGUAUCGGCAAGGUUUUCAUCAGGAAUAACGAAAGUGACACCCUCUGAGGUCACCAAAGAAAGCGCUAAAUUCGACGAAGUUACGCACACUGGACAGGCAUGGGAUCAAGCAGACUAUCGUUUACAAAGGUUCGACAUCUCAAAGAAGCAGAUCAAUCCUAAUAUUGCAAUGAACCUCAUUGCGCAACGUCCACCAAAGGAUUGUGGCAACGAGCGUGUCGUUUACUGCGAUGGAGGACAUCCGGCACUAGGUCAUCCUCGCGUAUUUAUGAACUUAGACAAACCAGGAGUUCAUGCAUGCGGUUAUUGCGGGAAUCGCUUUUACAACUCACAUGUUACCAAAGGUGAAGACAUGAAGAUCGAGCACCUUAACUGCUAA